GACGUCAUCGGCGGCGGCGGCGUGUCGCGGGUCGAUGACGACAUCGGCGGGACUGCCGGACGGACGGACGGCGUUGCUGAGCCAAGAUGGGCGAGGAGAGCCGGGCCGGGGACCUGGUGUUCCGCCGGGGUUACGGACAGAGCGACGACUCAGAUAUCUGGGAUGACACAGCGCUGAUCAAAGCCUAUGACAAGGCGGUGACCUCGUUCAAAAAUGCCCUGAAAAAUGGUGAAUGCGUUCAGCCUUGUACUAAGGAGAGCAGUGGAACUGGAACAAAACGAAAAAACAAGAGACACAAAAAUAAGAAGAAGAGUAAUGUCCAUCCAGAUCAACAAUGGCAAGUUGGUGAUGCUUGUAGUGCAGUGUGGUCAGAAGAUGGCAGCGUGUACUUGGCCACCAUUCAGUCUAUUGAUGAAAAGCAAGGAACAUGUGUCGUAGUGUACACUGGUUAUGGAAAUGAGGAGGAGCAGAAUUUAUCAGACCUGGUUGCAGUUGAUGUAUCUGAAGCAGAGAAUGAGAGUGUUGAACAGAAAAAUGGAACCGGCCAACAGUCAACAGAUGAGAGUGAUGCUGUUUCACCUAAAAAUAAACCACGUCAAUCAAAUGAAACCAAACCAAAAUCAAGAAUGGAUCAGUCUUCUUGGAACCAUCGUCUUCCUCCUCAACCACCACAAAUGUCAGGAUUUAACUUUCCUGGUGAGAAGUUUCAUGGUCCACCACCUCUUCUACCUGGAUGGUUGUCCACAGGUCCAGCUGGGCCUCCGCUAAUUCCCCCUCCUCCGCCCAUGGGUCCAGAUACAACAGAUGAGGAUGAUGAAGCUUUAGGAAGCAUGUUAAUCGCCUGGUACAUGAGUGGCUAUCACACUGGCUAUUAUUUGGGCCUCAAGCAAGGGCGAAUGGAAGCAGGCAUGGGAAAGAGUCCUCGACCUUAGUUAGUUUGUUAAAAUGUGAAUAUUUCUCUCCUAGGGAGAGGAGUGGAACAGUUUUGCCGUGGAUUAUGCCUAAAGUAUCGAAACGAAUAAGCCAUUAGUACAUGUUUAAUCAUCCCUUGGGUUUAGUGUGUGCUUUUGUAUUGAAUAAUGAAUAAAAUCAAUUUUUGCAAUUACA